AUGAGCUGGGCUUUGGAAGAAUGGAAAGAAGGCCUGCCUACAAGAGCUCUUCAGAAAAUUCAAGAGCUUGAAGGACAGCUCGACAAACUGAAGAAGGAAAGGCAGCAGAGGCAGUUUCAGCUUGAAACUCUGGAGGCCGCGUUGCAGAAGCAAAAACAGAAGGUGGAGAAUGAAAAAACUGAGGGCACGAACCUGAAAAGGGAGAACCAAAGCUUGAUGGAAAUAUGUGAAAAUCUGGAGAAGACCAAGCAGAAGAUUGCCCAUGAUCUUCAGGUCAAGGAGUCGCAAGUGAAUUUCCAAGAAGGACAACUGAAUUCAAGCAAGAAACAAAUAGAAAAACUGGAACAGGAACUUAAAAGGUGUAAAUCUGAACUUGAAAGAAGUCAACAAACUGCCCAGUCUGCAGAUGUCUCUCUGAAUCCGUGCAAUACACCACAAAAAAUUUUUGCAACUCCAUUGACGCCAAGUCACUAUUAUAGCGGUUCCAAGUAUGAGGAUCUAAAAGAAAAAUAUAAUAAAGAAGUUGAAGAACGAAAAAGAUUAGAGGCAGAAGUUAAAGCGUUGCAGGCUAAAAAAGUGAGCCAGGCUAUUCCCCAAAGCACUAUGAAUCACCGAGACAUUGCCCGACAUCAGGCUUCAUCGUCCGUGUUCUCAUGGCAACAAGAACAGACCCCAAGUCGUCUUUCAUCAAGUGCUCAAAAAACUCCGAUUGGGAGAGAUUUCUCUGCAUCUCACUUUUCUGGGGAGGUGACUCCAAGUAGAUCGACUUUGAAAAUGGGGAAAAGAGAUGCUAAUGGCAGUUUCUGUGAGGAUUCUAGCAAUUCCUAUCUUUUGGAUCAAUUAAAAGCCCAGAAUCAAGAGCUAAGGAGCAAGAUUAGUGAGUUGGAACUACGUCUGCAAGGACAAGAAAAAGAAAUGAAAGGGCAAGUGAAUAAAUUUCAAGAACUCCAACUCCAACUUGAGAGAGCAAAAGUGGAAUUAAUUGAAAAAGAGAAAGUUUCGAAUAAAAGUAGAGAUGAACUAGUGAGAACAACAGCACAGUAUGACCAGGCAUCAACCAAGUGUACUGCAUUGGAACAAAAACUGAAAAAACUCACUGAAGAUUUGAGUUGUCAGCGACAAAAUGCAGACAGUGCCAAACGUUCUCUGGAACAGAAAAUAAGGGAAAAAGAAAAGGAAUUUCAAGAGGAGCUCUCCCGUCAGCAGCGCUCCUUCCACACGCUGGACCAGGAGUGCACUCAGAUGAAAGCCAAGCUCACACAGGAGUUACAGCAAGCCAAGAACAUGCACAACAUCCUACAGGCUGAACUGGAUAAAGGCACAUCAGCGAAGCACCAGCUAGAAAAAAAUUUGGAAGAGUUUAAGCAGAAGUUCAGCAGAACUGAGCAGGCGUUUCAGGCGAGUCAGAUCAAGGAAAAUGAGCUGAGGCGAAGCAGUGAGGAAAUGAAGAAGGAAAACAGCCUCCUCAAGAGUCAGUCUGAGCAAAGGGCCAGAGAAGUGUGCCAUCUGGAGGAAGAACUGAAGAAGGCCAAGCAGUGUUUGAGUCAGAGCCAGAAUUUGGCAGAAGAAAUGAAGGCUAAGACUACCUCUCAGGAAACCAUGUUAAGAGAUCUUCAAGAAAAAAUAAAUCAGCAAGAGAAUUCCUUGACUUUAGAAAAACUGAAGCUUGCCUUGGCUGAUCUGGAAAAGCAGCGAGAUUGUUCUCAAGACCUUUUGAAGAAAAGGGAACAUCACAUUGAACAACUGAACGAUAAGUUAAGCAAAACCGAAAGAGAGUCUGAAGCUUUAUUGACUGCUUUGGAGUUAAAAAAGAAAGAAUGUGAGGAAUUGAAAGAAGAGAAAACUCUGUUUUCUCGUUGUAAAAGUGAAAAUGAACAACUUUUAAGUCAGAUGAAAUCAGAAAAGGAAAGCUUGCAGAGUAAAGUCAAUCAUUUGGAAACUUGUCUUAAGACCCAACAAAUAAAAAGUCACGAAUACAACGAGAGGGUCAGAACAUUAGAGAUGGAAAGAGAAAACCUAAACGUUGAGAUCAGAAACCUUCGCAACACAAUAGACAGCAAGACUGUGGAGGUAGAGACACAGAAGCAAGCUUAUGUAGAACUACACCAGAAAGCUGAGUUCUCAGACCAGAAACAUAGGAAGGAAAUGGAAAAUAUGUGUUUGAAAGUUUCUCAGCUCACUGGGCAAGUGGAAGAUCUAGAACACAAGCUUCAGUUACUGUCAAGUGAAAUAAUGGACAAAGACCAGCGUUACCAAGACCUGCGUGCUGAAUGUGAGAGCCUCAGAGAUCAGCUAAAAUCCAAAGAUUCUUCUCUAGUGACAAAUGAGGCUCACCACAGAAGUCUUUUGGCUUUUGAACAGCAGUCUGCAAUGAGUAACUCCUUUGUGAAUAUAAUUGGAGAACAAGAAAGCGUGCCUUCAGAAAGGAGCGAAUGCCCUUUAAAAGUGGACCAAAGUCCCAAAACUUCAUCCGUCUUACAACACAGAGUCGUUUCUCUUGAAUUUUCAUUAGAGUCUCAAAAGCAGAUGAACUCAGAUCUCCAAAAGCAGUGUGAAGAGUUGGUGCAAAUCAGAGGAGAAAUAGAAGAAAAUCUCAUCAAAGCAGAACAGAUGCAUCAAAGUUUUGUGGCUGAAACAAGUCAACGCAUUAGUAAGUUACAAGAAGACACUUCUGUUCAUCAGAAUGUUGUUGCCGAAACUUUAGUUGCCCUGGAGGACAAGGAAAGGGAGUUGCAGCUUUUGAAUGAAAAAUUGGAAACUGAGCAAGCAGAGACUCAAGAAUUGAAAAAGAGCAACCAUUUACUUCAAGAAGCUCUGAAGGAGCUACAACUUUUGUCUGAAACUCUGAGCUCGGAGAAGAAGGAAAUGAGUUCCGUCAUUUCUCUAAAUAAAAGGGAAAUCGAAGAGCUGACCCAGGAGAAUGGGACUCUCAAGGAGAUUAAUGCAGCCUUAAAUCAAGAGAAGAUCAACCUACUCCAAAAAAGUGAGAGUUUUUCAAACUGCAUAGAUGAAAGAGACAGAAGCAUCUCAGAGUUAGCUAAUCAGUACCAGCAAGAAAGACUUAUUUUACUACAAAAAUGUGAAGAAACAGGAAAUGCAUUUGAGGAUCUUAAUGAAAAAUAUAAAGCUGCUCAAGAAAAGAACUCUAAAUUAGAAAGCUUGCUAAAUGAAUGCACUAGUGUUUGUGAAAAUAAGAAAAAUGAGUUGGAACAGCUCAAGGAAGCAUUUGCAAGGGAACACCAAGCAUUUGUAACAAAAUUAGCUUUAGCCGAAGAAAGAAACCAGAAUCUAAUACUAGAGUUAGGGGCAGUGCAGCAAGAUCUGAGAUCCGAGAUUACAGAUAUCCAAAACAAUUCCAAGAGUGAGGCUGAUGGUUUAAAGCAAGAAAUUGUGACUUUGAAGGAAGAACAAAGCAAGAUGCAACAGGAAGUUAAUGCCUUAUUACAAGAGAAUGAGCACCUGAUAAAGUUAAUGAAGACUGAGCAUGAGCAUCAAAAUCUGGAAUUGGAACCGGCUAGGGACUCAGUGAAAGAAAGAGAGAGUGAGAUAAAUAGAUGUGAUCUUCAACUUCCGAUGGAUCUUGAAGUGGAAGAUACUUCUCUAGACAGUUAUAAGGCACAAUUGGCACAAUUAGAAGCUAAGAUAAGAAAUAUGGAAUUAAAACUUCAGGAAAGUGAGGAAGAAAAGGAGUGCCUGCAGCGUGAAUUACAGACAAUUAGAGGAGAAUUACAAACUGGAAGUUUGCAACAGGUAACCCAGUCUCAAGAAGUUAGAGGCCUUAAAGAUACAGAAGAACAGUAUAUUUCGGUGCUUCACGAGUUGUCAACGAGUCAAAAUGACAACGCACACCUGCAGUGCUCUUUACAAACAGCCAUGAACAAACUGAAUGAGCUCGAGAAGUUGUGUGAGGUACUGCGGGUCGAAAAGUUUGAACUAAUAUCUGAGCUGAAUGAUUCAAGAUCAGAAUGUAUCACAGCAACUAGUAAAAUGGCAGGAGAGGUAGAGAAACUAGUGAAUGAAGUUAAAAUGUUAAACGAUGAAAAUGAUCUUCUCCAAGGUGAGUUCGUGAAAGAAAUGCCAGAAGGUGAAUUUGGUGAACAGCAAAAUGAGCAGAAGUCUGUGGCCGUAAAUCCUUUGGAUGACGGUGAUUUCUGUGAGCCCUUGACAUUGUCAAACAAAGAGGUUCAGAUGCACUUUGCUGAAUUACAGGAGAAAUUCUCCUCUUUACAAAGCGAACACAAAAUUUUACAUGACCAGCACUGUCAAAUGAGUGCUAAGAUGUCACAGCUACAGUCCUAUGUUGACAUGUUAAAGGCUGAAAAUUCAGUCUUGUCAACGAGUCUGAGAAACUCUCAAGGUGACUUGGUGAAGGAGGAAAUGCCGGGACCUAGGGAGGGGCGUUUUCUGUCAUUGUCAUUCUCUUGUGUGACUGACAGCUCUAGUAUUACAAGUCUGGGAGAAUCCUCCUUUUACAAAGAACUUUUGGAACACACAGGGGAAGCAUCCCUUUUGAAUAAUUUAGAGGGGGAUGUUUCGGCAAACCGAUCUCCUGCAGAGGAGGCAUCUUCCAGCAGUCUGGAGGAGGAGGUUCUGACCAAGACAGACAUCCCACCUGCCCCAGCGAGGACUAUUGAAGAACUGGAGACCCUCUGUCAGAUGUAUCGGCAGUCCCUCCAGAAGCUAGAAGAGAAAAUGGAAAGUCAAGGGAUUAUGAAAAAUAAGGAAAUUGAAGAGCUCGAACAGUUAUUAAGUUGUGAAAGGAAAGAGCUUGACUGUCUUCGGGAACAGUAUUUGUCAGAAAAUGAACAGUGGCAACAGAAGCUGACAAGCGUGACUAUGGAGAUGGAGUCCAAGUUGGCGGCAGAAAAGAAACAGACGGAACAACUGUCACUUGAGCUUGAAGUAGCGCGACUCCAGCUACAAGGUCUGGACUUAAGUUCUCGAUCUUUGCUUGGCGCGGACGUAGAGGAUGUUAUUCGGGAUGGAAAUGAUAGCUGUGACAUAAAAGAAUCAGAAGAAAAUACUUCAGAAACUAGAGCGAGAACACCAAAGGAUGACAUUCAUCAGAUUGGUGAUAAAGCUGAUCAGCAGGACCUCAGCCUAGAGGUGGAGAAAAUAACCGAGACUGGUGCAGUCAACCUUACGGGAGAAUGGUCCAGGGAGCAGUCUCCGGACACCAGUCACGAGACCCCAGUGGAGGAUAAAACCCUGGGCUGUUCAGAAUGUGUUUCUGAAUUGCCACCGUCUGGUCCUAAUGCUUUAGUCCCUAUGGAUGUUCUGGAGAAUCAGGUAACCAUUCAGAAUCUCCAGCUGCAGGUAAAAGAGACAUCAGAUGAGAAUUUGAGAUUACUUCAUGUCAUAGAGGAACGUGACAAGAAGGUUGAAAGCUUGCUAAAUGAAUUAAAAGAAUUGGACUCCAAACUCGAUUUACAGAAAGUCCAACUAACUACCAAGGUUGAAACAUGCCUAGAAUUGGAAAAAACAGUUGAGGAACUUAAGAAAGAAAAAUCAGAUUUAAGUGAAAAAUUGGAAUCCUUUUCUUGUGAUAACCAGAAAUUACACCAGAGAGUAGAAAGUUUGGAAGGCGUCAGUUCUAAUUUAGAAGUGGGCACAGAGAAAUCGUCCCAUGAAAUUAUUGAAGAUAAUGUAGCCAACGUGAACAACUGGAGAGAGAGAUUUUUUGAUGCAGAAAAUGAGCUGAAGAGGAUCAAAUCUGAGAAAAGUAGCAUUGAGCUCCACGCCCUCUCUGUGGAAGCUGACUUAGAGAGAGUUCAAACGGAGAAGCUGUAUUUAGAAAAAGACAAUGAAAAUAAGCAGAACGUUAUCACCUGUCUUGAGGAAGAACUCUCUGUGGUCACAAGUGAGAGAAACCGGCUUCAUGGAGAAUUAGAUACUUUGUCAAAAGAAAAUAAAGAACUGGACCAGGCGUCUGAAAAGAUGAAGGAGAAAGUACUAGAGCUCGAAUCUCGUCAAGGUGAGUGUCUGCAGCACCUUGACGUGGUGGGGGCUGAGGUAAGGGAGAAAACACAGCUCCUUCAGACUUUGUCCUCUGAGGUAAGUGAGCUGUUAGAAGAUAAAGGUCAUCUCCAGGAGCAGCUGCAGAGCUUGGAAAAGGACUCACAGACACUGUCUCUGGUAAAAAGUGAGCUGGAAAACCAAAUCGGACAACUGAGUGAAGAGAAAGAAUCACUCGUAAAAGAAUCCGAAAGCCUGCAGACCAAACUGAAUGAAUUGGAACAUGAAAAGCUGGAUGUCGCCAAGGCCUUGGAGGCCGCACUGAUGGAGAAAGGUGAGGUCGCAGUGAGGCUGAGCUCAACGCAAGAGGAGGUGCAUCAGCUGAGGAAAGGCAUCGAGAAACUGAGGGUCCGCAUCGAGGCUGAUGAAAAGAAGCAGCUCCACGCCUUAGAGAAGCUGAAGGAAAGCGAGCGUAAGAAUGAUUCGCUUCAGGAUAAAGUUGAGAACCUUGAAAGGGAAUUGCAGAUGUCAGAAGAAAACCAAGAGCUGGUGAUUCUUGAUGCUGAGAAUUGCAGAGCAGAGGCGGAGACCCUAAAAACCCAAAUAGAAUUGAUGACUGAAAGCCUGAAAGUUUUGGAAGGAGACCUUACCACGGUAAGGUCUGAAAAAGAAAAUCUGAUGAAAGAACUCCAAGAGAAACAAGGUCAAGUGUCUGAAUUAGACACGUUAGUCUCUUCAUUUAAAAAUCUAUUGGAGGAAAAGGAGCAAGAAAAAAUACAGAUGAAAGAACAAUCUAAAGCCGCAGUGGAGAUGCUGCAGACAGAAUUGAAAGAGCUAAAUGAGGAAGUGGCAGCCUUGUGUGAUGACCAAGAGACCUGGAAGGCCAAAGAACCAAGUCCGGACUCAGCAGCGCUGGGAGUGCAGCAGCUGAGAACUAGCAUCGAAAAGGUGAAAGUCCUUCUGGAAGCUGAUGAAAAGAAGCAGCUCCAUACCUUAGGAGAACUGAAGGAAAGUCGGCAUCACGUGGAUUUGCUUAAGGAUAGAGUGGAGAACCUUGAAAGAGAACUAGAGAUCUCAAAAGAGAAACAAGAGCGUGUGCGUCUUGAGGCUGAGAACUCCAAAGCAGAGGUCGUGACCCUGAAAGUGAAAAUAGAGGAGAUGGCUCAAAGUCUGAGAGAUUUGGAAUUAGAUCUUGGCAAUAUAAGGUCGGAGAAAGAAAAUCUGACGAAAGAAUUACAAAAAGAGCAAGGGCGAGUAUCAGAAUUAGAAGUAUUAAAUUGUUCAUUUGAAAAUCUGUUGCAAGAAAAAGAGCAAGAAAAGGUAGAGAUGAAAGAAGAAUCUAAAAUUGCAGUGGAGAUGCUUCAGACACAAUUAAAAGAGCUGAAUGAGAAAGUGGCAGCUUUGUGUAACGACCAAGAGAUCUUUAAGGCCAAGGAGCAGAAUUUGAGUAGUCAAGUAGAUUCUCUGGAACACGAGAGGUCUCAGUUGCUACAAGGCCUUGACGAGGCCAAAAGUAAUUACAUUAUUUUGCAAUCUUCUGUGAAUGGCCUCGUUCAAGAAGUGGAAGGUGGCAAACAGAAACUAGAGAAAAAGGAUGAAGAAAUCAGUAUACUAAAAAAUCAACUCCAAGACCAAGAGCAGCUCCUCUCUAAACUGUCCCAGGUGGAAGGAGAGCAGCAGCUUUGCAAGAACCAGAAAAUAGAACUGGGGAAUCUGGUGGUGGAAUUGGAGCAGAAGAUCCAAGGGUUGCAGUCCAAAAAUGACACUUUGCAGGACACCCUAGACAUGCUGCAGAAUUCUUACAAGGAUUUGGAGAAAGAGCUUGAGUUGGCAAAAAUGGAAAAAAUGUCCUUUGUUGAGCAAGUAAACACAAUGACUGCGAAGGAAACUGAGCUGCAGAGGGAAAUGCACGAGAUGGUCCGGGAAAGGACAGAGUUGAAAGAAGGAUUUACUGGGGAGAAACAGAGGCUAAGAGAAGAAUUAAACUUAAUGUCGGAAGAAAUAAAGAGCAGCAAAGGUCAAUUGAAGGAGCUCAUGCUAGAAAACAGUGAAUUGAAGAAGAGUUUGGAUUGCGCACACAAAGACCAGAUGGAAAAGCACGAGAAGAUGAGAGAAGAAAUAGCUGGAUAUCACCUACGGCUCCAGGAUGCUGAAAAGAAACACCAGGCUUUGCUUCUGGAUACAAACAAACAGUAUGAAAUGGAAAUCCAAACAUAUCAAGAGAAAUUGACUUCUAAAGAAGAAUGCCUCAGCUCCCAGAAAGCAGAGAUGGACCUCUUAAAGUCUAGUAAAGAAGAACUCAGUAAUUCUUUGAAAGCUACCACUGAGAUUUUAGAAGAAUUGAAGAAAGCCAAGAUGGACAAUCUGAAACAUGCAAAUCAGUUGAAGAAGGAAAAUGAACGAGCCCAGGGGAAAAUAAAGUUGCUGAUCAAAUCCUGUAAACAGCUGGAAGCGGAAAAGGAAAUGUUGCAGAAAGAGCUAUCUCGCCUUGAAGCUGCACAAGAGAAACAAAAAACAGGUACUGUUGUGGAUGCUAAUGUAGAUGAAUUAAUGACCGAGAUGAAAGAACUGAAAGAAACUCUUGAAGAAAAGAACAAGGAGGCUGAUGAAUACUUGGAAAAGUACUGUUCCCUACUUAUAAGCCAUGAGAAGCUGGAAAAAGACAAAGAAAUGUUAGAAACACAAGUUGCUCGUCUGAGUUCACAACAAUCCAAACUCAAUCUCCCAAGUUCUCCUUUGCUGAAUUCAGUUGUUCCAGGAUCAUCUCCGGCCCCUUCUGUUACUGAAAAGAAGUUACCGUCCGGCCAAAAUAAAGCUUCAGGAAAAAGACAGAGGUCUAGUGGGAUUCGGGAGAAUGGAGAAGGAACGACGCCUUCUACACCAGAGACAUUUUCUAAGAAAAGUAGGAAAGCGGUCAAAAGUGGCAUUCACCCUGCAGAGGAUGCAGAAUAUGCUGAGUUUGAGCCAGAGGGCCUCCCAGAAGUUGUAAAGAAAGGGUUUGCUGAUAUCCCUACAGGAAAGACAAGUCCGUACGUCCUGCGGAGGACAACCAUGGCCACUAGGACCAGCCCCCGCCUUGCCGCGCAGAAGUUAGCACCGUCCCCCCUGAGUCUCGACAAAGAAAAUCAUGCUGAGACCUCCAAGCCAACAGCUGGUGGCAGCAGAUCACAAAAGGUCAAGGCUGCUCAACAAAGCCCAGCGGAUUCAGGCUCUGCCUCCCGAGAACCCAGCACGAAGUCUCUCUCGGUCAGUAACCUUCCUGAGAAAAGUUCGGCCGACAGCCCCAGGGAGGGCCUGAGGGCCAAGCGAGGCCACCUCACCCCCAGCCCAGAAGCUGGCCCCAAGUCCAAGAGCGGCGAGAACUGUAGGGUCCAGUAGAAGAGACUUUGUGUGUCAGGACCCCUGGAAGGUGGCAGGAGUUGAAUAGAAAGCAGUCAGGGGGCAUAUUAUCAGUGGGAAGAAAAAGAUUCCUUAGAAGUAUGUUGUACUCUUUAGAUCUCCCAUGUAUAAGUGUUAGAAAAGUUUGGAAGCACUAAUCACCUAUUCAUCAUCGAUAUUCCUCUUCUGUGAUGUAAAUAGCACUGUGAAAAGCUUUUUGGUAAUGUUACACUUAAAUGACAAAGAACUUCUGUUUGUAUGUGGAUUUUACACUAAAAAAAUGAAAAACACAUUGAUACUUCCAGUUCACAGCUCCCAGGAAAAUGUAAACUUUUGCUUUAUGAUUUUCCUACGUAGAGUGUUAGGCAUGAAAUCGUUUUAGAUCAAGACUUUCUUUGAGCUGAGUAAAAUGAAGGAAAACUAUGUUGCGUGUGUUUACGGAAGACUGCACACACAUGCAUAUAUGGGUGUAUUCAUCCUUCUCUUCCAAUGCGUCUUCUCAAUCUUUGCUUAUAAAACCUGUACAUAUUUGUGUGUGGUGGUGGGAGUUGUGUGUUUAUUUUCAAUUAGCCCGGUUACAGGCUCCUUGAAGGUGUAGUAUAUCAAGUUUUCUGUCAUUGUGCUGUUUCCUUUUAAGACUAAUUUGGUACGCAUUCUCAGAAAUGGUGAUCCUUAUUAAAAUAUAGCAUGUUUUUCUAAUAAAAAAGUUUCCUUUGUUUUCUCUAAAAA